GAGGAAGCUCGAAACAAACCGAACAUCGACGAUGAUUAUUCCCUGCGCUAAGCUGUCAGUUUGCCUUGCGCAAAGAUGAUAGCUGUUUGUCAUGUUUGCUCCAUUCAAUUAAUUAUUUAAACAUGUAAAUAUGCAGAUGAGCCAUAUAAAUCAGUGGUCACUGUGUUAUUUUUUAUUUUAAGUUUUUCAUACGAAUACAAGUGCCGUAAAUCAUUCACCGAGUGAAAAAUGACGGAAAUUCGGAAGAGAAUAGUUGUCAAUGACGAUCAGAAGGAAGAUGUGGAAUCCGAGGAUGACGCGAAAUUGGAGGUGGAUGAGCUGGCUAAGACUCUACCGCAAGGAACCGAUCAUACUCCUCACAUUUUAGAUUCAGCACUUUCUGGCUUACCCGAUCGCUGGAAAAACUGGGUUAUUAGAAGUAUUUUUACAUUAUUUAUGAUUGCUGGAUUUUGUGGUAUUAUUUACAUUGGACCAUUAGCACUGAUGGCUACAACACUGGUUGUACAAGUAAAAUGUUUUCAAGAAAUCAUUAACAUCGGAUAUGCAGUCUAUAGAAUUCAUGGCUUACCAUGGUUCAGAUCUCUCUCAUGGUAUUUCUUAAUUACUUCCAAUUAUUUCUUUUAUGGAGAAAAUUUAAUGGAUUAUUUUGCUGUAGUAAUCAACAGAACAGAAUAUUUACGUGUACUUGUUACCUAUCAUCGUUUUAUUUCAUUUUGUCUAUACAUUGUUGGUUUCGUAUGGUUUGUACUGUCACUUGUAAAGAAAUAUUAUAUGAAACAGUUUUCUCUGUUUGCUUGGACACAUGUCGCUCUACUUAUUGUUGUGACGCAAAGUUAUCUUAUAAUUAAGAAUAUCUUUGAAGGUUUAAUAUGGUUCAUUGUUCCAGUUAGUAUGAUAGUAAUAAAUGAUGUGAUGGCAUACAUGUUCGGUUUCUUUUUCGGUAAAACACCUUUAAUUAAAUUAUCACCGAAAAAGACAUGGGAAGGUUUCAUAGGUGGUGGUAUUUCAACAGUGAUACUUGGUUUAGUGAUAUCAUACAUUAUGUGUCAGUACCGUUACUUCGUCUGCCCUAUCGAGUACAGUGAAGCAUUAGGACGAAUGACUAUAGAUUGUGAACCAUCCAGUUUGUUCCAACCUCAAGAAUAUACCUUGCCUAACAGUCUACAAGUUGUUUGGAAAGUGAUUAGUGGAAAAUCUACUGUAACACUGUAUCCAUUUUUACUUCAUUCACUAUCAAUGUCUGUAUUCAGUUCUGUAAUUGGACCAUUCGGAGGAUUCUUUGCCAGUGGUUUUAAGAGAGCAUUCAAGAUUAAGGACUUUGGAGAUAUUAUACCUGGUCAUGGAGGAAUAAUGGACAGAUUCGAUUGUCAGUAUUUAAUGGCAACAUUUGUGAACGUCUAUAUAUCUUCAUUUAUUCAAACUGCUUCACCUCAAAAACUUCUACAACAGGUAUAUAGCUUAAAACCAGAGCAACAGCUGCAGUUAUUCCAAACACUAAAGGAUUCACUAGAGAACAGGGGUUUAUUGAAUAUGUAUUAAUGUUUCAUCAUCCAUUGAAAUGAUUAACUAUAAGAAUUUACUUUUAAUUAAUAGAAGAUGUUAGAAAAGACUAACCAUUGUCAUUUCUAACAUUUAUCUAAAUAUUGUGUGCAAUGUAUGAGUGUACAAAUUGCAUUAACAAUAUUAGUCGCUAUUUCGUAUGAAAUUAUGAUAGUAAAUUUUAUUUUAUGAUUAGAAGAUUAAGAAAUAUGUCGUGCAACAUUUGCAGUUUCUUUGCAUUCCGCAACAAACAGUCCAUUUUUUUUUAUCAAGAAAAAAUGUUUAUUAAACUGUGAUGAUAAUAGAAAUUCAAU